CUACGGUAAAAGCAAUGCUAGCUGGGAAAAAAUCAAAUCCAUCACCAUAUGCUACUUUUAAGAACCCCCCAAUAACGUUUGAAGAAAUGGUUCAAAAUGCUAAACAAGGUAAAGCAUAUACAUAUCAUGAUUUUUAUUACAGUUCCCCUAGUAGAUCAGGAGUACAGUCUUCUGACAAUAAUUGUCCAGUUGAGUCAAAAGUAAAGAAUGAUUCAAAAGAACAAAAUGAAAAGGAAGAGGAACAUUUACUGAAUGGAGAAAUCAAAAAGAAAAUACAAAAGAAAUGGACUCUAAGGAGAUAUCCACUGACAAUGCGGAAACGAGCGUCAACAAUAAAGCAACUUUUGAGGACAUGGUGAAAAAAGUUCUGAAAGACAUUCCAUCCACCCCAGAAAAUGAUAAAGAAUCGAAACAAAAUGAGGAAAUCAGUAAAUCUAAUAAGAUAUUAAGCCAAAAGCUUAGUACUGAACCAACCGUAUCAAGAAAUUUCCCAUUGAUGAACUCAAUUCUCGGCUCACCCCCAGUAAUGCCAGCCAAUCACAACAGGGAAAUGUUCGACCCACAGCCACACCCACUAAAAUGUCAAAUCUGCCAUAAAAUCUGCUCCAAUUCAUAUACAUUUGAACGCCACAAGAAUGUCCAUAAAAAGAAUUUCAUUCCAAAUGUCUCACCUGAUGUUAAAAUUAGGGAACUUCACGAUGAAUUGCCCGAACCUUGGAGGUCAAUUUUUAAAGACGCUUAUGAAAAGAGCAUGACAGAAUCCAGAGCAAGAGACUGUAAAAUCUGUGGAAAGCUCUGUGCCCAAGACUGGAUUUAUAUCCGGCAUGUGAAAAUGCAUGUGAGACUGCUGGCCACAGAAGAGGAGAGUGGGUCACCUCAGAUUGUUUGUGAGUUAUGUGGGAGGCAGUGUCGAUCAUUUGUGGGUUUGAAACGUCAUUGGGACCAGGCUAAACAUGGCCCAUACCCCCCUAGUUUUAAAGACAUGGAACGGGCUCAUUAUCAAGAAAAAUCAAAUCAAGAUAAAAAUAAAGGCAGGCGACAUAAACCACUGAAAGAAAAGGUACCAUAUAAUGGAAUCCGAUGCCCAAUAUGUGGACGGGCGUGCCGAACCUAUGAAAUACUGAGACGUCACUGGGUCGACUACCAACAUGGUAACAUUGACAAACUUGAGAAAUAUAUUAUCCAACAGGCUGCUGAAGCUGCCUUGAAGGAACAGUUGGAUGAAGGCAGAGUUGAGCAAGAACAAGCUUCAUUGAAAGAAUUUGCUGAAAAAUUUAAUGAAACAACAGAGGAGAAUGGAUCUAAGCGACCUAGUAGAGGCUGCAAAUACAAGGCUAGCUAUUUUGAUGAAAACAACAUUGAAAAUACGGAUGACAGUGAAGCAGAAGUUCCUGAAAAUCAAAAUGCCAGGGAGGCUGAGUUUCGAGAAUAUCACACUGAAGCACCGAACAGCAAUUUUGUAUACCUGAGUAACCCUGAACUGGAGCAAGAUAUAAAGGAAGAACAAGACAUUGAUGAUGAAUAUGCAGAGUAUAACAAGGCGUAUGAGAGUUUUUAUGAAGAUCCUGAUACAGAGACAAGCUAUUCCCAAGGUGAAGAAAACUAUGAAGUUCGAAAAGAUGAAAAUCAGCAAGCCAAGCCUGAAGGACAACAAGCUAACGCAGUGGAUCUAUUCAAAACCAUGGGGGAGACCAUUGAAAAAGACAAUUCAGAUAACCCUCUUGAUUUCCUCAAAAAUAUAUCUGGACUUUUACAAAAUCAAAAUGGCAAGUCUGAAAAAAGCUCUGGAACAUUGAAAAUCAAACAAGAAAAGUUGGACGAUGAUGAGCAAGCAUAUGUGAAUACUGGAACUCCACAGCAAUCUAAUGGAUUUAGGUAUAAUUCAGUGUCCCUUAAUCAGUUCAAUAAUGACUCAAAGAACAACCCAUCAAACUCUGAAUUUGAAGCCAUGAAAAACAUGUAUGAGACUCCGAGGGUCGCUGAGAGUUGUGUGGAUAACUGGAAUGCAGAUGGGGACAAUAGUAUUAAUGAUGAAGAGGCUGAUACACAAGAUGAUACAACUGAAGAUGACAUUGACCAAGACACUGAUGGGGUAGAGGACAAUGCCGACCCAAAAGAUGGAGAUUUUGUUCCAUCAGCUGAGAGUGAAGAAUCUGAUAUUGAAAACUAGUACUAGUGCAAGAGAUUGGUUCCAUAGAAAUCAGAUUGCUCAGCCUGGACAUAUUGUCUUCUCUGUCAAUUGUGACAGACCUGAAAAAAUUGUCACUGAACUAUUUUUAAUUUUGCUCAUUCAUGUAAAUUCAUUUUUGGAAUUGAGAUUCUGAUAAAUAAGUACCUCAUUCCAAAUAUAUUAUGAUUUUCCAAGAUCACAUUCUCAAAUGUAUUCUGAUUCCAUUCUGUACCAUCUCUAGUGCUUUUGGGACAGGGAUUCAUGCUUUACUAUGAGCAAUGAUAUAUAUCAAAGGUGUCCCAUGACAAGCUGGAUUUUUCUGCAUUUCAUUAUUUUGAACUGUUAAUAUGAUGCAAUGUUUAAAAACCAGUAAAACCUGUCAAAAAUGGAACACCUCUGAAAGUGAACCAUUUUAAAGAUUUGUUACCUUAUAACAUGAUGAACUCAUGAUGAAAAAUGAAGUGAAACAAAAUUUGAUAUGUGCAAUCAUUGUCAUGCACUAUAUUAUAUGUUAGUUUAUGAGUCAUAUUGUAUUUAUUUAUAUUAUUGUUAAUGGCAAGGUCAAAAUAUCAAUUAUGUAAUAGGACCAUCAACUUCACUCCC